GCUGCUUAUAAACGCACCUAUUGCGUGAGAAUCAUCGGAUCUUUACUCAUUUCACCAUACCUGCUACGCCGAGAAUAUUCCACGUCUGGAUCUUCGUUACUACUAUCGAACGGACCUCUCAGGUGCGAGACUGCUUGGCAUACGACUUCAGAUUGGCAAGGCAGCUGCUGUGCAUUGACGGGUUCUUACGCGUCACUAGGCAGCAGUGUACGUAAAGGCGUCGCCGUAGGAUCAUGCAAGCGUUGAAGACAUUCCACAACCUCUAUUCCACGAUGGCAAACGAACGCCAGAGCACGCACUGGACAUUUGCCGAGGGCCUCCUCGGUCUCCCAAAAGAGCUGCGUGAAUUGGUCUACGCGGAGGUAUUCAAGGACUUGGAGCCUGUGCCUUUGGAAAAUGCAGACACCAGUUCAGCAGUACAAGCGUUACUUGCACUUGAUGGGCAUCCGCCGAACCGGACUUUCGAGGAGGAGGUCCUCAAAGCAUGUUGUAUCUACAGCUCAUUCAUUGUCCGGUUCCUGGACCACCAAGACUAUUCGUGUAACGUCAUGCGUGGAGAUGUCAGAUGCUCGUGCACUGUCUUGUGGCUUCCACAGCCACAGCACUGCCGACACAUUCGCAACUUGAUCAUCCAUACGCAAGAAGCAGGCCUAGACCUAGGGAGAAGUCAAGUCGAUACCCUGGAGGACACCGAAGCUAUGCACUCGGGAAGUCAUUUCAGACGGUGCUGGGAGCAAGUCCUGGAGUUUCCUCGCCUCGAACAGUUAACAAUUAAGUUGGAGAAAUCCAACAACGACCAGUUAUCUUGGGUCAGUUUCACUCCAACUCUGUCUGUAUUGCGCGAGAGGUCACCCAAACUCCGAGUCUCACUCAGUGUGUCCUUUGAUGGUCUACUCGAAUCGUACUGGUCUGAUCCAAUAUGGGAGAACGCCACCGAGCCUGGCAACGUCAUUGAGUACCCGUACGAUCCAAUGGGUUUCGCCGACGUAACAGAGCUUAUAGAGGCGCCUACUGGGGAGGACUUCGCGUAUGUUGAGGAGCACUGUCCUCGGGAAUUCAGAACACGCGGUCAAGAUAUACUGAGGGGCUUACUCGACGAGACUGCCUCGCAACGGAGAGCGCUAGCCAUGCAUUAUGUUGUCAAAGAACCAGCCUUGCUGAGGGUGCGCAUUAAGGAACACUACGAGGUCUAUAAGAGCAUGCAAUUGGAAGAGAUAAAUCAGACGAUAGUCGUAUCGCAAUCUUGAUGCCUCCCUUCUCUAUUACGAUGGACGCCAUU